CUGGCCUGCGUGCUGGUUGUAAUCGAUUAAAUUUUGUGAAAUUUGUGCAAAAACUUAUUGUUAAAAUGAGACUAACCGUGAUAAAUAUGUUCAAAAAGAGUGUCAAUGGUCAUAUCUUCCGAGGAAAGUACCGUCUAGUCAAACGCGUGACUCCCCGAUCGGUGGACACGCUCCAGCGCGAGUACGAACAGACUGAGCGUAACAUGGCCCUGCUGCUGAAACCUUAUCUAACAUUGGAGCAAUCAUCCGGCCACGCGAAAGAAUUAAACAAGAAGGAGCAAGUAAUCAACAAGUGGCGCGAACAGCAGCUCAAAAUGAAACCUCACGUUACGAUUUCCGAUCGGCUGGAGCACCUGAAUGUAAAAAAUGUAUGGGAAUGAGACCGUUCUUUCGGGGAUUUAUCAAAGGUUAGUUCUCAUGUUUUGUAGAAAGAUAUUACUGUUUUACUGUGACUCAGCGCGUACAAC